AAAAAAAAAAAAAAUCAUCGACCAGAGAAGAAGAAUACGAGGAUCGAGAGAUCGAUGACGGGGGUCGAGAGUUGGAGCGCGAUCGUCGAUCAGUGGACGAGGAAGCGGAACGGUGAGAUGAUAAGGACGCUCGCACCUUGCUCGCGAGGCGAAAAGUAGGCGAAGAGGAAAUCCCUGCGGAGUGGUUAUCGAACGAGGGCGGACGAGAUCCAGGAUAGUGGCGUGUGGCACAUUUGCCGUACAGAGAAAACCCGUCUCCAAUGGUUUUUCUUCCUUCCAUCCGCUCACUUCCACUGUUCCACGUUCUUACAUAAAGGGGGAUUUUGCCGACCGUCAGUUAAUGAACCCGGCUGUGCGCGCGUAUAUACAGGGAACAUCCGUCGCCGAGUUUACGUAGAGUGUCAGCAAUUUUCAUAGGAAUUCUGACGCUCGUGAUCGGAAUUAUUUUAAGCAGUAUACCUUGGGUGGAUUACAUUAUAUUAAAGCAACUUCGAUUGUGGAAUGGGUCUCUUUCCUUUCAAUACUGGCAGAAACCAGGAGUAGUUAGAUUGACCAAAGUUUACAUAUUUAAUGUGACCAACGUAGAAAACUUUUUGCAAUACAACGAAAAGCCAAAAUUACAAGAAAUUGGCCCGUUCGUGUAUAAAGAGGAUAUGGAAAAAGUGAAUAUCGUUUUCCAUAACAAUGGUACCGUAACUUAUCAACACAAGAAAAUAUUAAACUUUGUACCAGAGUUGUCGAAGGAUAAAGAUCUCAAAGUAAUAGUGCCAAACAUUCCGCUAUUGACAUUGUCGACGCAAAGCAAGAGUCUACCUCGAUUUAUCACUUUAGGAUUAUCUAUGUUUUUGAGCGGAAUGCACAUGAAAUCGUUCGUUCCAGUAACCGCUCAAGAACUCGUUUUUGGAUACGACGAUCCAUUAGUCAGCAUCGCCCAUCGAUUCUUUCCAAAAACGAGACGUCCCAUGAGUCAAAUGGGACUUCUUCUCGGGAGGAAUGGCACGUUGGAGGAAGUGUCUACUAUCUUUACGGGGCACACGGAUAUGAGGGAGUUUGGAUUAAUAAAUCGUUUGAAUGGGAUGGAUCGUCUACCGUAUUGGCCAACCGCGCCUUGCAAUUCUAUUCGCGCUUCAGAGGGAUCCUUUUUCCCACCCCGUGAGAAAACUGGCGCCGACAUCGUGCACAUUUGGGACAAAGAUCUUUGUCGAACCUUGCCUUUAAAAUAUCACGGCUCAACCGAGAAAUCAGGGAUCAAAGCGGAUUUAUAUGUACCCCCUGACGCCGUGUUUGGACGGCCAAACGAAAGCGCUCCAGAAAACGAAUGUUUUUGUCCGGAUGACAUGUCCACGUGUCCUUCGAACGGAUUGCAAAAUAUCAGCCCUUGCCAGUAUAGCGCACCGGUUUAUCUUUCCUUCCCUCAUUUCUACAAAGCGGAUCCUAAUUUAUUGGAUGCGGUCGAGGGAUUAAAUCCAAGGCGAGAAAUACACGAAACUUAUUUUAAAAUUCAACCAAAAAUUGGUGUGCCUUUAGAGGGGAAGGUCCGGGUACAAUUGAACUUAAAGAUCGAACACCAACCGUUGAUCAGUGUUGUGUCGAAUUUUCCCGACAUCGUGUUUCCUAUCAUGUGGCUGGAGGAAGGUAUCGAAGAGCUGACACCCUCUAUACGUAGAUGGGUUUAUUUUGCAACAACAUUUAGCGAUGUUGCUGCGCCUUGUACCUCGUAUGGAUUAAUUCUAGUCGGUAUAGUAAUCAUAUUCGUCGUGUUCAUGAAGGCUUACAACAACGUGGUGCUCACGCACGAAGCGAUCGAAUUAGGCAAACGUACCAUAAGAAGAGGUUCCACGUUGUUAAUGAAUGGACAGCACAAAUUAUUAAUGACUCGAGAACAGUAUGUUUUGCUCACAGAUAAGGAGGAUAAUGACGAGAAAUCAGGGAUAAUAGAGAUCUAGUUAGUUAUAGAUUUUUUUCCUUCUUUCUUUUUUUUUUUUUUUUUUUCUUUUUCCUUAAAUAGAUGUAUAUUACGAAGUCAUCUAAGAAUCGUUUUGUAAUGUAGGAUUUGUAAUCGUUUGAUACUAUAGACCAAAGCUUUUGUUCUAAUUACCUGAAGAAAAUAUCGAUAUAGAUGUAUACAUAUAUAUAUAUAUAUAUAUCGAUUCCAAUAGAGUUUGGCAAAUAUUCACCGAUUACCUGUAUGUUUCUUUUUUUUUUUUUUUUUUUUCUUUUUCCUUAAAUAGAUGUAUAUUACGAAGUCAUCUAAGAAUCGUUUUGUAAUGUAGGAUUUGUAAUCGUUUGAUACUAUAGACCAAAGCUUUUGUUCUAAUUACCUGAAGAAAAUAUCGAUAUAGAUGUAUACAUAUAUAUAUAUAUAUAUAUCGAUUCCAAUAGAGUUUGGCAAAUAUUCACCGAUUACCUGUAUGUUUCUUUUUUUUUUUUUUUUGUUUUGUUUUCUUUGUUUUCUUGUCUACAUCUGUGAUUUCAUCUGUUUUAUUUAUAAUGAUGUGUACGAAACAGAUCGUGCUUGGACGAACGAAAAUGGAUAACGAAAGAACAAAAGAACGAAAUAUGUGAA